AUGAGUCACUGCCAAAACCCUGAGCUCGAGAUCCAGAAACUUCGAGCCCUGCUGGAGCAGAGGAACGAGGAUCUUUUCCGAGCGAAACGAGAACUAUCGCAGCUGCAGAGCACCGUCUUCCAGUCCCAAAUAGUGCCGUCGUCGGGCCAGGAGGUACUUGACCCUGCCGUUUCCCACGAGGAGUUCCAGCUGCCCACUGCGGCUACUCCCGUCACGGCCUUCCGCCAGGAUGCCAUGUUGAGAAGCCACACUGUCCCUCGCAAUGACGCUAUCGGCGGUGGACACGGUCGUCACGAGGGCGUUGCGCAAUCUUCUCAUCGACACGGCAGCCAUGCCCACGCCGUCAAGCGUGCUAGGACCAUGUCCCAGCAGGCGCCAGCUUCGCAGAAGAUGGACCGCAUCGGUUCGAAUCUGUCAACCCAGUCUGCCGGGCCCUUCACAGGCGCCUCCCCGAUAGCCGCCCCUCCGUCGCGGAUACAUACCGCCAACACGCAGAUGAGGAACGCCGGCAUGGCGGAUUAUGCAGACAAGGACGAGCAGGCGACAUCGUACGCCCUGGUGCAGUCCUUGUCCACGCGGUCGUCCCAGUCGUUGUCGAAGCAUCGACGAUACGACAUGCCCACCGUCUCGGAGUCGGGGCCGAUGACCGGCAAGAUGCUCGACCCCGGUGACUUCUUCGCAUCGCACCCGUAUCCCUCCGAUGAUAAUCUAGGCCCGGUGAUAGGGUCCCUCGGCUCGUCGGUGCCCUCACAAGGCACCGACGCCGACGUCCCCCAGUUCAACAUCACUAGCAUCUCGGUGUGCGGCUCGAUGACGACGGCACCCACGUACGACACCGCGCCGAUGACGAGACAGAACAGCCUGUUCGACAACCAGUUCGACAACCAGUCCGUGUCGGGCGCCGUGCGCAUGAUGAGCCUCGGGUCGCAGAUGUCGCAUGCCGGCGAGCCGUACUACCCAGAUGGAACCCACUACAACAGCGGCGGCACCAGCAGCGGAGACAACUCGCCGCUAGGAAAGCGGCCCUACUGCAGCGAAGACGCCCUCAUCGCCGUCGGCUCGAGCCUCGCGCCCCCUUCCAACUACCAGUACGCCAUCUCAGCGCCCACCGACGGGCUCCUCGCGUCCUCAGACAUGGAACGGUCAGUGUCGAGCGCGAGCGCCGCGAGCACGCGGUCCAACUCGUCGCUCAAGACGCGCGCCAAGGACACGCUGAAACAACAAUGCCGGCGCGCGCGCAUCGCGCCGCUCAAGCCGAAGCCUGAGACCAAGCAGGGCGCCGCCGAGGGGCCAGCCGGCGCCAAGAAGGACGGCAAGGCCGCCAUCGUCAAGGCCAAGUACGUGCGCCCAAAGCAGCCCAAGGUCUACUGUGACCAGUGCGACGAGCAUAAGGACGGCUUCCGCGGCGAGCACGAGCUGCGCCGCCACCGCGACGCUAAGCACCAGGCCACCGUCAAGAAGUGGAUCUGCGUCGACCCGGCUGCCCAUGGCCUGCCCGUCGGCAUCCCUGCCGUCAACCCGCUCGCCAAGUGCAAGGCCUGCAAGACGCAGAAGAAGUACGGUGCCUACUAUAACGCGGCCGCCCACCUGCGGCGGACCCACUUCAAGGAGAAGCCGUCGCGCCAGAAGAAUAAGGGCGGCACCGCAGGCGGCGCCGGCGGUGGCCGCGGCGACGAGGACAAGCGCGGCGGCAAGGGUGGCGGCGAUUGGCCUCCCAUGAGCGAGCUCAAGAACUGGAUGAAGGAGGUAUGGGUGAGCAAGUACGACGCAGAGGACGAGGACGACGGCGAGGACGACACGAGCUACCCGGCCGCCACUGCCGCCGACGCCGAGCCCGGCGCCGCGGCGAUCGAGUCGGCGUACGCGGCUGAGUUCAACAUGGCGGCGGCCGCGGCGGCACCGGGGCUAGAGAGCGACAUGUUCGGCGGCGACGUCGAAUACCACACGCUGGUGGCCAACACGGACCUGGGGGCGUACGCCGCCGGGGAGAUGCCGCUGUCGUCGGCGGAUUUCAACUUCGCCCACGGGCUGCCGUCGCCCGGCUUCGCCGACCUCAGCCACCACCCGCACCACCACCACCACGCCGGCAUGAGCCCGUUCGCCUCAGCGCUCUCGUCGUCCGCCACCAUCACCCCGCUGACCGCGUACCAGGAACCGCAGCAGCAGCCGGGCCAGUCGCAGCUCACCGACUUCGACUUCGAUAUGGCUUUCACCUCGUGA